AUGGCAGCCACAAGUGCAGUGAGCUUUACCCGGUACUUCUUUUACGUUGGUAAUACAAUUAGUGCAGAAUCCAAAAGAUCACUGGUUGCCCUAGCCUAUGCAACUGCUCGAACCAUGGAGGUAGCUCCGGAGGCUGUUCUCGUCCGCUCGGACAUACAUGACACUACUACCAUUGAAGGCAAGCAUGUGAAGGAUCCUAAAGGAUGGCACGGGACUUUCGCCUUCAAAAAUGGAAAUCACGUCCAGCAGGAGUUCCAUGUGGCGUCCCAUGGGUAUACCAAUGGAAAACGGGAUUUUGUCCUAAAGGAGGCGACUCAUGCCUCUCCUAAGCCAGAUAACACUCCACGAGGUGCAAAAGAUUCGGGAAAAGUCGUGUGGCCACAGGAGCAUCACCUUGAAGAAUAUGUUGACAGCCCCAUUGCCUACUCCCAUCUUCCCCAAAAGCCCUGA